AUGGUGGGUAAUGAGGCCAUCCGUAUUGAGCAAACUGCAUCAAAUACCACAAACAGCGCAAGAGAGGCACAGGCUCAUAUGCAAAGCCUGCAUGGGGAACUUUGUGUUGAUGAACGUGUGCCUUCUCUCUUUGGUAUGCCGAGAAACCCACACCACAAUCUCUCAAUGAUAAGAAACCCCCGGACGUCGUUUUCACUAACUCAAUUGAGCUGCAUCGGGAAUGCCAAGAGAUAG